CGUCUGUUUGACGAGACGGACAACGAAUCAUAUGAUAAGUUUCAAAAUAGAGGCGAUGCCCCGGACCUUAUUAGCAAACUAGGUGAAUCGAAAGACGCCCAGUUCGCCACUCAGGACGCGCUGACCAACGAUGGCUAUUAUGGCGGCCAUAAGAUGUUCAAAGGGAAGGGCGAGCGGUGGGAGAAAUGCAUGGAACCCAAUUGUCCCUGUUUUCCCAAUAUGACCAAACGCUACACAAUAGCCUUUCUCAGUUCAAUCGGCUUUUUAAUCAGUUUUGGCAUUCGCUGUAAUAUGGGUGUAGCCAUCGUACAAAUGAUCAGCAAUACUACCGGCACGGGCCCGGAGUUUGAUUGGACACCUGAGACGAUAGGAGUGGUCGACUCGUCAUUUUUCUGGGGCUAUUUAGUGACACAAAUUCCCGGCGGAUUUCUAGCCGCCAGAUAUCCGGCCAAUAGGAUUGGUCGAGGGUGUGACAUACCCUGCCUGUCACGGAAUGUGGAGACAUUGGGCGCCGCCGUUAGAGAGGAGCCGUUUGGCGACAUUGGCUUUUUGUGAGUGCUUUCGC